GGAAGGCCUCAUGGCUCUUGAAAAUAAGCAGGCGCGGCGGACCGGGCCACCAUUGGCGGUUCCCGCGCUCCGCACGCUCUAGCCACGCCCCUUCUCUGGCCCAGCCAAUGGGCUGGAGCAGCGGGCCAGUUCGAACGGCGGGGGCGGUGCGAGCGGUGUCGGUUGGCGCGGGCGGGCAGGGCCGCUCGGUCGGAGCUGCUGUCAUGGCGCUCUCUUCGCUGCAGCCCCUGGAGGCGCUGAAAUACGCCGAGCUCCAGCGCAUCGCCAAGGCCGCCGGGCUGAGGGCCAACCUUCGGGCAGACAAAUUAUUGGAAUCAUUGAAGCAACACUUUGAAAGGACGAAUGAAGAAAGUGAAAAUAUGGGUCCUGUAAAGAGUGCAUCUGCUUCCAUUAAAUCGGAUGAACUGAGCAAUCAGGAGGAAAUGUCUGAUUCAGUGUGUGUCAUUACAAAAAAACAUGGUCAGGAUAAGAAAAUAACCAGAAAAAAGAGGAGCUCCCAUGAGGAAACUAACAGCAGUGAAGAAAACCCAGUGCUUUCUGAUGAGAAACAGGCGCAUUCUGAAAUGAAAGAAAAUGAAGUGCCUCAGGGGGAGCACAAAAAGGGACAGAAGAUAUCACAAAACAGAAUCCAAAUAACUGAAGAGAAAGCUAUUGAGAAUCCAGGGAUGGGUGCUGGGCAGAAGAAACAGGCAGAGAAGGCUUCUGCUAAAGGCAGGGGAGGACAACGUAAUGCUCGUCCUGCAGGAGGGAAGAUCCCUUUACAUGUAGGCCGUGCAGCCAGGUCUGCAGGAGGGACAGCCACCACACCAAACUUCAAAAAGUUGCAUGAGGCUCAGUUCAAGAAAAUGGAAUCUAUUGCUGACUACAUUGAGAGGAAAAAAAAACUGAAUGAAAGUUGCAGUGCAGUCAAGAAACAAGCCAGUGGCAAAAGAUUUUUAUUCAGCCCCAAUGCAGAAAGAGGCAGGUUCUCCACCACCAGCACUCCUUGUAAUGUCCGGCGCUCACCACGCACCUCUCUGAACGCUGCUAAUCGGAGCAUUUUAUCCCAGAAAUCUUCAUUUCAUCCUUCUGUACUUUCAACAUCCAAAAUGAAUGUCAGGUUCUCAGAAGCCACAAAAGAUAAUGAGCACAAACGCUCUCUUACCAAGACUCCAUCUAGAAUGUCUCCAUACAUGGAGGAGCUCUGCACACCUGACACUCAAAAGAGCUGCAAACUACGAAGUCAGAAGAACAGUAAGGGAAAUGCAAGAAAUAAUGAUCUGUCUGCAUCAAAGGUUCUUACCCCCUUCAAGUUUGGAGCUCAACCUGCAGAACCCACAAGUGGGAAGAAGACAUUUGAUCUCAAAGCCAGUCUCUCUCGGCCGCUUCGGUAUCAGCCGCACAAAGGACGACUAAAACCAUGGGGAGAAUUUAAGGAAAAUGCUGUUCUCAGUAGGUCUGGUGGUAUCUGUUCACACAGGAAAGAUUACAAACAGCCACAUCUCCAGACAAGGGAAGAAAGGCGUGAGAUGCUGGAGCAAGACAGAAAAGAGAAAAAGGCUCGUGCUCUUGGGAAACGUAGAGGCCUGUCUGGGUGUUAGGAUGAACAAGAAGUAUCCAAGACUUCACUGUAACUACUGUUCCUCUCAUGUAAAGGCUUGUGCUCUGUGUAUGGUUCAGGUUGCUUUUAGCUAGUGGAAUCCAGAAAGCAAUUAAUGAGACCUUGUAAUGUGCUCUGAGCAUAAUGAUGAUCAACUUCUCCACUGAGAGUUCUAACCCUUGAGGGGCUUAGAACUCUCUUGUUGCUUCGUAAUGUUUUCAUUUAACUAAUUUACUUGACUAAAAGAUGUUAAAGAAGAAAAUAUGAGUGGAAAAAAGAUGCUCGUGAAGCCUCCUUGCAACUUAGGACAGACUUGUGCAUCAGAAUGCACACUUGUUGUGUGCUAGAAUGCAGGCUUUAGACAGCAGCAGCUUCAAAAUGUUCCCCAGUGUUCAAAAUGACAAGAUUUGGAAGUACGUGCUUGCCCUGUUCUCCAGGUCAAUCCUUAAAUGCUCUAAGUUACAGCAAUUAUUCAGCAUUUCUAAUCUAAUCCUAUGGAAUAGUAGGGAAUUUCAAAGAGAAGAAAAAAUAUGCAAGCUCUCUGGCAAACUAAUGUGUAACAUAAUUGUAAACUACCUUUUUGAAAAAGUCACAACUGAAUUUACAAAUUACCAGUUGAAUGCUUUGGUACAGUUAAGGUUUUCUUCCUUUCUAUGGUAAAUAGCAGAUGUUAAAAUUCUCUUGCUUUUCACCUCUAAACCUUGGUUUUAAAAGAAGCUGUUAUUUUUGCAUUUAAAAAAUACAUAGAAAAGUUGUCUGGAUUUUUUAGGGAUAGAAGUAGAAAGGUAAUUUAGCAGUUGUAAUCUCAGCUGUUGAGCCAAUAAAUGUUUCACUGAAUUUAGUGUCCCAUCAAAUAUAUGUUGCAGUGUCAAGAAAAAGCAAAUUUUUUAAUAAAGAAGACAAUAAAUGUUUUGUAUAGGUCCUGUUUAUCACUGGCUUUAUCAUUUAGUAUACCAACUACAACUUCCUUACUCUGGUACUCAUUUUGUUCACACCUGUAUUUACUGCUGUGUUUUCCUGUGCCAGGUUUUCCUCACUAACUCACCUGCCCUCCCACUUCAUGGAAAGAUGUUAGCUCUGGUAUCAUCAUUCUUCUACAAUUAAGCAGCUAAAUUCAAUGCAAAAUGAAAAUGGUAGUACAAGAUUCUGUUUCAGCUUGCUUCAUUGUGGUCUCUUCCCUAUAAAAUACAGUACAUUUAAUAUUUCUAAAGUACACUUAAACAAGGCCACUGUGGAGGAGGUCAGCGCUUUG